AUGUCUGCAGAAAACCUAAUAAACAUCAGAAAUCCUUCACGUAAACCAUUGCCUGCUUUACCAACAGAAAGGUCAAUUUCAGAUUUAAAAUCUACAAAAUCUAUACCAUCAACUUUAUUUACACCAAUUCAAGGUUCAAGCGAUGUAUCAUUAGAUAGUAUUUCAUUAGGUCAUUUACGUAAUAUUUUAAAACAAAGCCUACAUAAUUGUGCCCUUGAUACCAAUCCUUGGGAAACUAUUAUCUUGGGAAUUAUACUCGAUAUCGCCGAAACGGUUCCAAAAGCUAUAGAAGCAAUAUAUCAACAUGAAAUAAAAAAACAUGGUGAAUCAAAAUUUGUAAUAACUUUAAAAAAAGAUGGUGGGAAACCUAUGGAUUCACAUUUCGUUUAUAAUUAUUUUGACGGUGAACAUCUAUUUAAACGUGAAAACGAAGAAGGUCUGGUAUUUACUAAGAAUGAAAUGAAAAAUUGGAUAGGUGGAACGAUAAUAUUAAAGGGUGCAAAGGAAUAUGUUAAUAAGGUGGAUAAAAUUUUAGAAUUAAUGAUCUAUGUUGUGUGUAAUUUGAGACUUGAGGUAUGUUUAUUUAGGGAUCAUUUUAUCUCGAGAGAUGAUACAAAAGAUGGUCAAGAUGCUGAGGAUGUUCAAAAUAGAUUAAGAAAUUCUAGACGUUCUUCAAAAUCUUCAUGGCUUGGAUGGCUGAUGAAACAUAAUAACAUGUCAAAUAUUAGAGAUCAUGUAAACAAAUCUCAUGAAAAGCAUGGAUUGAUAAGGAGAACUUCAUUAAAAAGAAAUCAUAUUUCAAAACUAUCAAUUAAUUCGACUUUAGCGACGAUAAACACUGAGGAAGAGGUUGAUAUGACAAUUUUAGCUAAAAGCAAAUUUGCAAGGGCAAUUCAUCAAAUGGAAAACACUAUACUAUCAUCAUCUCCGGGAGUGAAAUUUCCUCCUCCUCAUGUUUUAGUGCGUUUAAGAGAUGAAGAAACUGAGAUCAGUCUUCAUACAAACGAAGAUGGUACAUAUAAGUCAUAUGCUGUAAAUGAUGCUUUGGAUUUGGCUAAUGACUUCUCCAAUGGAAAUGGGGCAGCUUCCACGAGAAAUUCUACUGGAAAAUAUCGUACUUAUGCAUCUGUUACUGGGACGAAUCAGGUUUCGCAGGAUUUCCGAUCGGGACUUACAUAUUUGAUGACAAAUAAUAAUUCAUUGAAUUGUGUAUUCAAACAUCAGGCAUUAUCAUGUUCUUUCUCUAGGUUUUGGUCACCUACUUCGAUAUCGCCAUGUCAUAAUCAUGAAAUAACCACAAUGGAGUAUUAUAACAAGAAUAAUGAUCACCCCGAUAAAUGCCUGGGAGAAAUCAUUAAUCUGCUAUGCGAUCAAGCUCAUGAAAUUUGUCAAGAUGCAUCAUGCGACCAUCCUGGACUCGAUCAUAUUAGCACGUAUACUCACAAUACAGGCAGGAUCAGUAUAACACUUGAAGAAUUACCUGAUCCCCAUGUAAAAUCCUUCUCCGAUAGCAUUUUAAUGUGGACACAAUGUGAAUCGUGUUCCGUGAAAACUCCAAUCGUGCAAAUGUCACGUGCGACUUAUCUUUAUUCAUUUGGAAAAUAUCUUGAAAAUUUAAUUUAUAAUGAAGAUUUUACCCCUAAGACUUUAUGUUCGCAUUUUGAUUCUUUGGUCAGAUGUUUUCGCAGAGAAGAUUUGGUCGUGAAAAUUGGAUGUGAGCACGUUGAUUUAUUUGAAAUGCGAUUGCCAAAAUUGCAAAUUAGUCAAGAAGAGACUCCAAUUAAACAUACUUUAGCAUUAGAAGAAUACUUUGAUUCUUUGUCACUUAAUGAAACGGACUCUAAUUCCAAGGGAGACAUUGCCAUUAAGGUUAAUGGUAAUAAUGUUGAUCUUAGUGAAAAGAAAAGUUAUUUAAAAUUGUUGGAUGACAUGGCAAAAGAUUUUCGUGUAGACGAAUUUGAACUUUAUGAUAUUCUUAAGAAAACAAAAGCUACUGUUUUGAAUGAUGUGCGGAAAUUGUUUGUAGAGAAAAUUCAUUCAACAAAAAAACGAUUGUUGGAUUGGCAAAAAGCUCAUGUUCGUGAAGAAAGUUUAGCAAAAUUUUCGAAUAUUGAAUGGGUUGAGCCGGAAUAUGCAAGUUCAAGUAACUGCCAUGUUUUCCCUGGAUCUCCUAUCAUAGUUAGAGAAGAUGAACCUAGUUCUAUCAUCGCAUUUACAUUAAGUUCAAGGGAUUAUUUAAGAGAGUUGUCACUUAUGCGACAAAAUGUUAGAUUGUCAUUUACACAAUCAGCUCCAGUAACCCCCAUAUCUGAACAUCAUCAACCUCAAGUUUCAAACUCAUUCUCAACGUUAAUUACUUCAUUCAAAAGUCCAUCCACAUCGAAUCUCGCGUUAAAGAAAGAUUUAUCGACAGAUUCGGAAGGAACCAAUGGACUACCAACUUUAGACCAGUAUAGUUUCACUAUUCGACGUAAACAUGUUAAAGAUAAUACUUAUACAAUCCCUCAUGGAUUUGAUCUUGGAUCAUUUAAUUUGUCUCUUAGUGGCAGAGAUAAGAAAAAAGACCCCGAAAAAGAAGGUGAAAAACAGGCUACUCCUAAAAAUGGCGGAAAAUUUGGUGGAAUUUUUGGACAAAAGAAUGAAGAUUCCGAGAAAGCUAAAGAUGAGAUUUUCAAUGAAAAGGCACAAUAUGUCAAAGAGGAGCAAAAACCAGAAUCAUUUAAUGGUUCCGAGAAAUUAUCAAACGAAAAACAAGAUAUAAAUGAUAAGGAGUUACCAAAAAGAAAGGAAGAUUCAACAUUUUCAUGGAGUCGGAAGACUCAAAAAGAAAAAGAAACCCCACAUUUAAAACAUCAGUUUACGCAUGGAAUGAAAAAAUUUUCGUGUACAGUCUAUUUUGGCACACAAUUUGAUUCACUUCGACGUCGAUGUGGAAUCGAAAAUUUAUCCAUCGACUCUCUUGCUCGAUGUUCAACUUGGAAAGUCACAGGUGGCAAAAGUUCAAGCACUUUCUUCAAAACGCAGGACGAAAGGCUUAUUAUAAAACAGAUGGUAUCAUCUUGGAGAAUCGGAGAAAAAGAAGCUUUAUUGAAAUUUGCUCCAAAGUAUUUUGAAUAUAUGAACAAGGCUCCUAUCAUACCAUCAGUCCUUGCAAAGAUUUUUGGAUUCUAUACAAUAAAGAUUAAGGAUUUAAAAAAGAAUAGCAAUAUCAUAAAGAUGGAUGUCCUGGUAAUGGAACAUUUAUUCUUUGAGAAAACCAUAACAAGCAAAUUUGAUUUGAAAGGAAUUCAAGAACGUCAUAUAAGAGAACAACCUCAAGAAGGAGAUGUGACAUUAUGGGAUGGUGAUUGGGUUGAAGGAAGAUAUAAAUCACGUUUGUUAAUACACUCACAUUCCAAAAAGAUUCUUCGAGAAGCAAUACUUAACGAUACACAAUUCUUAGCAGAUUCAAAUAUUAUGGAUUAUUCGUUAUUAGUAGGAGUUGAUGGUGAAAAGAAAGAAUUAAUAGCAGGAAUUGUAGAUUUUAUUGGAGCAUAUACCUUAUAUAAAAAAAUUGAAAGUAAAGGUAAAACCAUUGGAAGAAAUGCAAAAGAAGUCACGGUUUUACCACCGGAUCAAUAUAAAGAUAGAUUCAGAGAUUCCAUAGAUCAAUAUUUCCUGGCUGUACCAGGUGAGCAAAAUGACAACUAUAAAUGUUAA